AUGAAGGCUCGCCUUUCCUUAAUCCUAAUUUUAUUGAGAUGCACGAAUACGAAGGAUAAUUCAGGUGAAGGAGCAGGAGCAGGCCUAAGUCAGGAUGCAAAUGAUAAAGCGGGAGAAGACCAACUCAAUCAAAAUUCAGACAUAAGCAGCGCCACAGAGGAUAUCCAAGUAAAGUCGUCUCUCCUGAAGGACUACAAAGGGGUGAAGGUGACGGGACCUUGUAACGCAAGUUUCCUCGUUUUCUUCGCCCCGUAUCUCUUCAUCGAUGUGGACGCGGACAGUAGUAACAUUUACCUGGGGACUGACUUGAGCGACCUAGAAGUCACAGAGCAAAUGGGUAAAGGAGAACACGAAAAAAAUAAAUGCGAAGAGGGAAAGACAUUCAAAUUUGUUGCCUUUAUUGAAGAUGACCACUUGACUGUUAAGUGGAAGGUGUACGACUCGGGAGUUCAGCCGCCAACCCCAGGUAUGUGA